CUCUUUUCAGAUAUAUUAAUAACUGUUUAAGCCUCAGUCCAUCACAUGGUGCUGCUGCUCAGGAAGAGACGGUUUAGUAUUCAGUUAAUAAGAGCUUGUAGUCGAGUCGGAGAGAGAGAGAGCGAGAGAGAGAAUGGCGGGGGGGAUCUAUGAUCAGGUGGGCAGUUUGGAGCUUCGUCAGAUGGACAGAGGAGAGCGAGUGGAGAAGAAGGUGGAUAUUUAUGAAAGUAUAGACGCUCUUAGAGUUCAGGAGACCGAGGACACCGACACAGUCCAUACUUUACCAGCUGUUAGAAGAAGAGGCAGAAGAUGCUCCAGACUGACUGCAGUGUGUUUAGGACUGCUGUGUGUUCUCCUGCUGAUCACCAUACUGAUCUACAUGUACUCAGAGAGAGCGAGCUUCAUAUCCUACAUCACAAAUCUGCCAGAAGAAAAAGAUCAGCUAAACAUCAGCCUCCAUGACCUGGCCAAUGAAAGAGAUCAGCUAAACAUCAGCCUCCAUGACCUGGCCAAUGAAAGAGAUCAGCUAAACACCAGCCUCCAGAACCUGGCCAAUGAAAGAGAUCAGCUAAACAUCAGCCUCCAGAACCUGGCCAAUGAAAGAGAUCAGCUAAACAUCAGCCUCCAGAACCUGGCCAAUGAAAGAGAUCAGCUAAACAUCAGCCUCCAGAACCUGGCCAAUGAAAGAGAUCAGCUAAACAUCAGCCUCCAGAACCUGGCCAAUGAAAAAGAUCAGCUAAACAUCAACCUCCAGAACCUGGCCAAUAAAAGAGAUCAGCUAAACAUCAACCUCCAGAACCUGGCCAACGAAAGAGAUCAGCUAAACAUCAACCUCCAGAACCUGACUGAGGAAAAACUCACCCUGCAAAGAAAAUAUGAUCAUUUAUUGCAGCAGAUCGAAAAGAACAUCUGUUUUCAUGAAUGGAAGGAGUUUGGAAGCAGUUUUUACUUUUUCUCUACUGAGCAGAAGACAUGGAGUGAGAGCAGGCAGCACUGCAGAGUGACAGGAGCAGAUCUGGUGAUCAUAAACAGCAGAGAUGAACAGGUAUUUCUCAUUGACCAAAAUAAAAGUACAAGGUUCUGGAUUGGUCUGACUAAGAUUAAGAGUAAAGGGCAAAACCAGUGGAUGUGGGUGGACAACCAGCUGCUAAGUGAUGAGUAAGCAAAAAAAAAAAAAAAAAAAAAAAACACAAUAUUUCUAGUCCUGGAUCUCAUUGCUUUACUUUUUGCUUGCAAGUAGCACUA